ACGCACCAAGAUUUUAAAAUAUUGUCCUUCUCAGUAAUGGCGGCUUCGUUCUCGUCUCCUUCGGCGAAUAACAGUAAAUGGUACUUCACUCGCGAACAGAUCGAAAACAGUCCGUCUCGGCGAGCGGGACUGGAUCCCGACAAAGAGCUGUCGUACAGACAGCAGGCUGCUAACCUGUUACAGGACAUGGGACAACGGCUCAAUGUGUCCCAACUCACUAUCAACACUGCCAUCGUCUACAUGCAUCGUUUCUACAUGAUCCAGUCCUUUACACGCUUCCACCGUAACGUGAUCGCUCCAGCCACACUGUUUUUAGCAGCAAAGGUGGAGGAGCAGCCUCGCAAGUUGGAGCAUGUGAUUAAGGUGACCCAUGCAUGUCUCAAUCCUCAGGACCCUUGUCCAGACACUAGAAGUGAUACUUACCUGCAACAAGCCCAAGACCUGGUCAUUCUUGAGAGCAUUAUACUCCAGACCCUCGGCUUUGAGAUCACCAUUGACCAUCCCCACACUCAUGUAGUCAAGUGUACCCAGCUUGUACGAGUUGUUCCAGCGAGUAAGGACUUGGCCCAGACAUCAUACUUUAUGGCAACCAACAGUCUACACUUGACCACAUUCUGCCUGCAAUACAGUCCACCUGUCGUUGCCUGUGUGUGCAUUCAUUUGGCCUGCAAAUGGUCCAACUGGGAAAUCCCUGUGUCCACUGACAACAAGCACUGGUGGGAGUAUGUCGACCCAACAGUCACUCUUGAGCUCCUGGAUGAGCUCACUCAUGAGUUCCUUCAGAUCUUGGAGAAGACCCCUAGCCGUUUGAAGCGCAUUAGAAAUUGGAAAGCGGCAGGCCAGACAGCAAAAAAACCCAAAGUCCCGGAGGAGGGUGAUAAGACGGAGACCAUGAUGAACAUGAUCUCCAUGGCAUCAUCUGGGAGUACCCUGGCUGGCCUGAUGAGCCUCUCAGCUCCUCCCUCUGGUUCCUCCUCCUCCAUGGCCUCUUCUUCUGCAGAUGAGAAGGACCGCAGCUCGGCCGGGGGCUCCCAGCAUUGGCAGCCUGGGGGCAAAGAACAGCAGCAGCAGCAACCCAACAACGAGCUGCAACCUCCCACUAGAGUCUCCAUGAGCCUGAGCGAGUACCGGGCCAAGCAUGCAGAUGAGCUGGCAGCCCAAAAGAAGAAGCUGGAAAACAUGGAGGCCAGUGUGAAGCGGGAAUAUGCCACAGCUGCCCAAGCCUUGUUGGGUCAGCAGAGGAAGGAAAAGCACCAUCAUCAGCAGCAUCCCAGCUCCCACAGUUCAGGCUCCAGUACUACAGACCCAAGUAAUCCAUCACCUAUCGUCCUGAAGAUCCCCCUGGAUGAGCGGCAGGAUCGUGGCUCACUGAAGAUGCGUCUGCACCCCAGCACUGGUCAGUCACAGGGGCACAGCAGCCGAGGCCCCGAGCAGGAUAUUAAAGUACGCAUCCGUGUGCCGGACAGACGAGGAGGUUCAGGAGAAGAGGGGAAGAGUAGGGAGAAGCACAGAGAGCGGUCCAAUCAUCAUCACCAUCACCACCAUCACCACCACCACUCUUCUUCAAGUAGCGGUUCAUCCUCCUCGUCCUCCUCAGCACAUAAACACUCUAGUUCAGCGAGCGCCUCUGGAAGUAGCAAAAAAGUCCCUUCGAGUGACCCCAUGAGAAUGAGUUCAUCUUCGUCUUCAUCUUCCUCCUCCUCAUCCAGAAAACGAACACACCCCUUGGAGCCUUUAGCAAGCUCCCACCCUUCUAAAGUCAGCAAAUCCUCCAGGAACUCGUACCAGAUGCCUCCUCUGCCCCUGCCUCUAGCUCACGGUGCAGACAUCCUGCCCUCUCUGGGGCUUUCGCACCAUCAGGAGAGCUACUCGCACUCCAAAGGUGACAAGGCUGAUACCAACGGCCAUGGUGCUGCUGGUGGGAACCAGUCCAACGAGUACCAGGACACAUUCGACAUGUUGAAUUCACUGCUGAGCGCCCAGGGGGUGCAGCCCACCCAGCCACAGAUGUUUGACUACCACUCCCAGUACAGAUACGGAGGUGGCUCGAGAGGUGGAACAUCCCAGCUCCCGCCACUCCCUUCAGAACCCCCUCCACAGCUACCGCCACUGCCUAAAUGAACCCAUACCCCUCCUCAUCUAUUCAGCCAAGCCAGUCAUGUGCACAGUCCUGGCCUGGGCUUCCUAGGUUCCGUCCCUUUGAAUUGUCAGAUUUAUUUUGACAAAGUACCACUAAUUUGACCUCUCUAUCCAUGGUUCACUCGCAAGUGCGAUCUUUCGGCUGUUGCUAAGCAGGUGAAAUUUGAGCUUUUCUUAUCAAAAAUACUGAAUCACACUCUUAGCAUAGAUUGUGUCACUUUCACAAAUAUACAGAUUAGUCCAAAAAAGGAAAACACUCUGCAAAUGUAUGUAUUUUUGACAAAAACGGACUUGCGCAUUUAAUUUUAAUUGGGUGGGAUUUUUUAACAUAAAACUUUUAACACAUGUUCUCGCAACAGUUGGCAGGUUUUACCGUUUUUUUUAAAGGUUAUUUAAUCACUUAGCCCCCCUUUAAAAAAAAUAAUAAUAAUGAAAAAAAAAAGAUUUGGGGUAAUUGUGCAUGGGUGUUUUUUUUUUUCCAUGACACCUGUCUGUGUGGCAAUAAUGGUUAAAUUAAAAUAGCAAAAUAUAGCAAAAAAAUGCAAAAGCAAAAUGUUAUUUAUUUAAAAAAUGUAAAUACUAUUUUUGAUGUCACUGAGUUUUAUAUAUACAGUAUGUCUAAAAAAUGGAAAUAAGUGAAACGUUUGUGUAACUGACCGAUGGGGACCUUGUGUUUUGGCCAUUGUCCUCUUUUGAGUGUAACUCUUGAAUAGGAAGAUGAAAUGUGCUUGUUUUACAUAUGGAUUUUUAAGACUUGCUAACAAUAUUAGUGUCUUUUCUAAACUAUAUUUAUUAAUAGCCUUUUUCGGAACGUAACUAGAGGUCGUUGCUUUUGAAGUAAUCUGGAUUUAUUUUUGUAUUGUUUUAGCCUGCUCCUAUAUUUUGCAUCUUAUUCAUUUUGUGACAGUUUUAAGAGAAUGGAAACCCAAACCACAUCUUGACUUCCAAAUUUGCAUCAAAAUGUGUAUUUCUAAAGUAUGACUUGUCUUUUUUUUCCCUGCCAAAUGUUAGCUUGGUAUUAAUUAUGUCAAUGGUUAAAUACAUGAAAUAUUUUUACCUUUUUUUUUUGUUUUGUUUUGUUUUUUUGGAAAGAUGGAAAGCCUAACCUAGGAGAACCUGUAUUAUGAAUUUAGAAUUUGUCAAAGCAGUCAUUGUUUUAAAUGGUUGUACAAUCAUGCUGAGUAUAUUAUACACGUACACAUUUCAUUCAAUACUGAUUCAAGCAGUAUCUAAAUGGAAGGUUUAAACAGGUUUUGUUUCUGUAUUGAACAUAACCUGUGACACAUGGACACAAUGAUAAACACACAAGCCUGCGAAUUUUUUUUGUUUUUAAAGGAUCAACUUGACUUGUAAAGCAGGAAUUUAAAUAACACUUAAUUGCAAGAGACCAUAAGCCAUUGUGAAGCAUCUACAUACUACAAAACCAUGCCGUGUUUAAUAACUUGCUUUACCGUGUCUACCAAAGUUGUACUUGGACACAUUUAACAGCACAGUGACGUAGCUCAUCAUACACCAAACAUAGCUGGCGUCAUUGAUUUUUCAAUGUCCCGUCUCUGUUUUAAAAAUGUUUGUGCUUAAGUGUAUUUGAGUAAAGCUUGUGUUCAUGUUCAGCUUCUUGCUAAGAGGGGACACCUCGGUGUUGUAAGUCUUUGAAUUAACAUUAACAUUGUUAAUGGUUUUUUAUGUCAAAAAUCAUUGUGAAAAUACAUCAAGCAAGUCCAAGUCCACUGAAGACAGCAUUAAACUAGCGCUCGCUGUACCUGCUGCAUGUUAAUGAUCCAGUAUUGCGUAUUAUUAACACUCAUUCUUCCCUGGCCUGAGGGUAUGGGGUGUACUUCACCAUGCCUCGUCACCAAAAACUCAAAGACCAUGCUCUUUACUCUCCCUAUUGAAUCUACAGAUGGUGCUGGAGAUAAAGAGGUCAAAUGAGAUGUUUUUGUUGUGUUGAGUCGUGGUCCCGAGAGAUGGGUGCCAUGGCAGUGGGGGAAAGGCAAUAUUAUUGCUUUCAUGCAAUUCAUAUCACCACUGUAUCUUUCAUAUGUGAGGAAAACAAGAUGAUUUUAUCAUAUGUACAUGUUUUCUGUCUAUGUUCAGUGGUACCACAUGAACUCUCAGGUUUCGGAUCGAAUUGUUUGAGCAUUUUCUCGGGCAGAUGAACUUAAGGGUUGCAUUUCGUGAACUCUGUUCCUUUUAUAAAUGUGGUUGAUAUAAUCUCAUGUAAAUAAAUGUUUUAUGAGAAACAAAA